CGUUGAUUCCGCUGUGGCCUGUGGCCGCUCGCCCGCUCCAGUCCGGCCGAGCCGAACGGGCGUGCGCCAUGCGCAUGCGACCCUGACGAGCAACGACAACCACAGAGCCCAACCGGGAGGAGGAUCGGUACCAGCUCACGGCGGCGUCAGCACCACACGCCGCCGCCGCCGCCCACCCCCUUCCCGACAGGCACGCUUCUUGCGCCUCUUGUGGGAUGCUACUACGGAUAACGUACGCCCAACCCACGCCUUCGGCGGCGGCCCAGUUGAGGCUCCCUGGGCCGCGUUUACGCCGACGCCGCGUCGCUGCUUCCGCGGCGGACGGCGCCGGCAAUUCAAGCUCUCCGCUCCAUUGCGACCCUUCGCCCCACGCGUACCUCCUGGGUCCGGGCGUCGAACCCAGUGGCUCACUCUCACUGAGUACAUAUCCAAUUACAGAGAAGGGAAAGCAGAGGUCUUGGGUCGGUCCAAGUGGGCAGUACUACCGUGAGCUGCCUUGCCCCAGCUGUAGGGGUAGAGGUUACACUCCAUGCAAGGAGUGUGGAAUAGAUAGAUCAAGUUUGGACUGCCCUAUGUGCAAUGGCAAGGGGAUUCAAACUUGUCUACAAUGUAGUGGAGAGUGUGUGAUAUGGCAAGAAUCUGUUGAUGAACAGCCAUGGGAGAAAGUUCGGUCAAGGGAUGAACUGAGACUGCGUUAUGGCUUUGAAUUGUUGAACCCGUCAGCAUUAAAUUCUCCCUUGAAAGUAAAAGAAGAUGACGAAGUUGACAAGUUAGAGAUAAAUAUCAACAACCCCAAAAGAUCAAAGCGUACUUAUGCAUCUACUUCACCGGAAGUUGCCAAGAAGAUUAGCCGGUCUUUAAGAAGUCUAAAUGCUCAAACAGGAUUGUUUACUAAGCACAUGAAGAUUAUACACCAAGACCCAGAAUUGCGUGCUCAAAGAGUUGCUGCAAUCAAGAGAACAAAAGGAACUGAUGUUGCAAGAAAGCGUGCUUCUGAAAUUCAGAAGGCAUUCUUCAGUGAUCCUGAGAACCGGCUCAAGAGAAGCAUUGCCAUGAAAGGGGUGAAAUUUUACUGCAGCAAAUGUGGGCAAGAAGGACAUAGAAGCUUUUAUUGCCCUACUUUGAGGGAAGGUUCAACCAGGGUGCGGUUCAGGUGCCGGUUGUGUGGCAGAGAAGGGCAUAAUAGUCGAACAUGUGGAAAACCAAAGUCCGAGAAGGAGCACAAACAACGACCUCACCACUGCAGCCGAUGUGGUGAAAAGGGACAUAACCGGCGCAACUGCCCCACAUCCACUGAUUUGGGUAGUGAUGCUUCAGGCUAUGUGGUUAACAAAGUUAAUGGCUCUAAUUCAGCUGUUUAUCAAUGUAGUAUAUGCUUAGAAAAGGGGCAUAACAGACGAACAUGCCCGAAAAGAAAGGCUACCUUACUAAAAUGAAAAGUGUGAGUAAAAUUAAAAGAAAGGCUAUCUUUUAUGCCUGUGUUUUUUCUA